UUAGAACGUCAUAAUUUAAGUACAGCUAAUAAUGCUCAGCACGAUUAGCUAUGGUGCUUGACGGACCAAAAUGUCUGUGGACCGCAGUUUAAAGCGACGGCAGGUAAAACCACUUGCUGCCUCUCUGCUUGAUGCCUUGGAUUAUGACAGUUCAGAUGACAGUGACUUUCAAGUAGGAGAUGCUUCAGGGUCAGAGGGCACAGGCAAUGGCAGUGAUGAAGAAGGGUCCAAAGUGAGUGCAGGUGGUUCAGAAAGUGAUUCAGAUAAUGCUGCUUCAGCAGAUGAUGGCAUAGAUGAGGAGGAGGCCAAAGACCUGGCUGCUGAGGAGAACUUGACUGAGGAUGAGGAGAAGAGCAAACGGCAGCAAUCGUCAGACAGUUCCACCAAAGACACUCCCACUGUCAUCGCACCCAAAGGCAGACGCAAGACCAAGAAAAUUCCAGAGCCUGCUGAAGCUGCUGAAACUGGAUCUUCCUUAGUGUCUGCAUCCAACAAUGUAAAUGCUGAAGAGUCUCAAGCUGAGCCCAAGAAAUGGAAUUUCCGCAGGAACCGCCCACUUCUGGACUUUGCCACCAUGGAAGACCUGAACGAGAUGGACGACUACGAUAGUGAAGAUGAUAAUGACUGGAGACCCACAGCAGGAAAGAAGAAAGGCAAAGCAAACUCUCAGAAAGGAGGCACAGAUGAAGAGGGUGGUGAAAGUGCUAGUGAUGACGAUGACAACGAUGACGAUGAUGACGACGACGAUGAUGAUGAUGAUGAUGACGAUGAUGGCGACGGCGAUGAUGAUGAUGAUGACAAGGAAGAUGGUGAGGACAACAUUAAUAGUAGCAGUGAUAGUGACAAAGAAGCGAAGAAGUCCAAAAAGAAGACAAAGAGCAGCAGUGCUUUUGAUGAAGAACUGACCAAUGACAGCAUGUCCCAGGGAAAGGGCAGCGAGGGUGCUUUGCUGGAUCGGUCCCAGACCUGGAGCACACAACACAUUCUCAUCUGCUGCGUUUGUCUGGGAGACAACAGCGAGGAUGCAGAUGAAAUCAUUCAGUGUGACAACUGUGGGGUGACAGUCCAUGAAGGGUGUUACGGUGUGGACGGCGAGAGUGACUCGAUUAUGAGCUCGGCCUCUGAGAAUUCAACAGAGCCUUGGUUCUGUGAUGCCUGCAAGAAUGGAGUGACUCCCAGCUGUGAGCUAUGCCCAAACCAGGAUGGCAUCUUCAAAGAGACGGAUGCUGGGAGGUGGGUGCAUGUGGUUUGUGCCCUUUAUGUUCCUGGAGUGGCAUUUGGAGACAUUGAUAAGUUGCGACCAGUAACACUCACAGAGAUGAAUUAUUCAAAAUAUGGGGCCAAGGAGUGCAGUUUCUGUGAGGAUGCCCGUUUUGCCAGGACUGGUGUGUGUAUCAGCUGUGAUGCAGGAAUGUGUCGAUCCUACUUCCAUGUCACCUGUGCACAGAGGGAGGGGCUCCUGUCUGAGGCUGCAGCGGAGGAGGAUAUCGCGGACCCAUUUUUUGCAUACUGCAAACAGCAUGCAGACCGCUUUGACAGAAAGUGGAAAAGGAAGAAUUACCUGGCCUUACAGUCUUAUUGUAAAGUCUCUCUGCAGGAGAGAGAGAGACAGCUUACUCCCGAAGCUCAGGCCCGAAUCACUACUCGCUUGCAGCAGUACAGGGCAAAAGCUGAGCUGUCCAGAAACACUCGUCCUCAGGCAUGGGUACCCCGGGAAAAACUGCCAAGACCUCUGACCUCUAGCGCCUCAGCUAUCAGAAAGUUGAUGAGGAAGGCUGAACUGAUGGGCAUCAGCACUGACAUUUUCCCUGUGGACACAUCUGAUACCAGUGCCAGCAUGGAUGGUCGCAGGAAACACAAGCAGCCUGCUCUCACAGCAGACUUUGUCAACUACUACUUGGAGCGGAACAUGAGAAUGAUCCAGAUCCAGGAUAACAUUUCAGAGCAGAAAAACCUUAAAGAUAAGCUGGAGAAUGAGCAAGAAAAACUACACGUGGAGUAUAACAAGCUCUGUGAGUUUCUGGAGGAACUGCUGAAUGCAAAUGGAAAGCUGCGAAGUGAAGGCCAAGCCAUGUGGAGUCUGCUCGGCGGCAUCCUGGGCCAGAAAUUAAAUACUCCACCAAUCUUGAAGGCCCCAAAAGAAAGGAAGCCCAGCAAGAAGGAAGGAGGCACCCAAGGGAAGGCAUCUAGUCUGCCAGCGAUCCUCUACAGCUGCGGAAUUUGUAAAAAAAACCAGGACCAACAUCUGCUUGUACUGUGUGACACAUGCAAGCUCUACUACCACCUGGGCUGCCUGGAGCCACCACUAACACGAAUGCCCAAGAAGACCAAGAACAGCUAUUGGCAAUGCUCUGAGUGUGACCAAGCCAGCAGCGAUGAAGCUGAUAUUGCCAUGGAGACGUUACCAGAUGGCACCAAGAGGUCCAGGAGGCAGAUCAAAGGACCGAUCAAAUUCAUCCCACAGGAGAUGUCACCAGAGCCCAAGAAACAUCAAAGAACCAGAGGGCAGAAGAGGAAGAGAGUUCCAGUCUGUGAGGAGCGAGAAGAUAAAAUUGAGGAACCUCUGCCACGAGAACGGCGACAACGCCAGUCUGCAAUGCAGAAAAAACCAAAAGCUGAUGACACGAGGACUGAGUGUACAACCUGCAAAGGACCAGGCGACAAUGAAAACCUUGUGAGGUUGUGAGAGCUGGGGCAGCUACCUCACCUCCCAUAAGAACUCGGGACAGAUGACCGUUGGCUUAGAGAGAGAGAGGCAAAUUGAAGCAUUUGAAGAAUGGCAGUCAAGUCAGACUGAAGAACGAGACCAUCACGCCGCCCCACAGCCACCUCUGAUCCAAACUGGACCAGCGAAAUUGAGCAGAUCUGUGUGAAUCUAAAACAUGGAGCCCUACAUGAUGAAUUGUUGUCAGAUACAGUUAUAUUUCAUUUUAUUACUAUAUUUUUAUUAGUGUUGGACUCUCAACUGCUUGCACAUAUGACCAUUAACUUAUCUUAUUACUUGGACACAGCUGCAUACAGCAAGACAUGUUAGGAUUUAAACACUUUUGACAACUGACUAAAAUACAUGAGCAAAAAAAAAACAAGUAGAAAAUGACAGCGCUUACUAUUAAGCCACCUGAAAUUAACAUUUGUAAUACAUUUGAGUUAUCUUUAACGGUUUCAUGAAAUAUUGUCAUUACUUCUUCAAUGUGUGCUGUAUUUCCUUUUGAAAAUUGUUUUAGAUUAACAUUAGACAGUAACAGUGAAACAUGAACACCCGUAUUUGCUCUGUUCGUUUAUAUAAAAAAAAAAAAAGCAAUUUAAUGCAAAGUUCAGUUGCACACUUUGUGGCUUCCUUAAGAUUGAUUUCAAGUAUAAUCAGUCGAGUAGGAUCAAGCUUUCUCAAUUAAUAAAGCAGCUAAGUUUGUUUGGUUUAGCGUUCAACUUUGUAAGAAAUUCUUAAAGGAAGUCCUGUAGUAAGCUGAAUGUGCUGCUGUGGAGCAGUUUAGACUAUGUCUCAACGUAACCCUCUCUAUGCGUCUAGGCGUACUCCUGAAACCAGCGUUUCGACAUGCUUUGCUUUGCUUCUACUCUGGUGUGCCACACAUUGACCUGCCUGUGUGACCUAUCGGUUCUGGUCAAUGGUAUCUAUUAUUAAAUAUGGUUAACUGGAAACAUUCUUGAACGUAGCCUUUUCUAAAGUUGAUUGUUGUGUUGUGUGCUGAUGAAUACUGAGGAGAACAAAUAUUAAGAAACAGGAUUAUUAUGUACAGAAAAUGCAAAAUUUCUAACACACAAAGUUUCUGUUGUACCACGUAAAGGAGUAAAGUAAUCAACUGUGGUAAGCAGCUGUAGUCGGAAGGAGCUAGUGUAGUUAGCAGUUACCAGUAAUAGCACUUAAAUAUUAGUCCUAAUGUCUUUAGUGUCUUUAAUGUCUUUACGCAUUUAGAAGUCUUCCUUUGUCUCAUAUCUUGAAGUGACAGUUAAACUGACGUCCUCAGAAAGAAGCGCAGCUUUGUUUGCAUGUCUCUGGUGGCCCGAAGUGCUGUCAAAACAAUAUCUUAUUGCUGCUCUCUCAGGGCUUCUGACAAGUGUCAGAUUCUGCCCUCAAAUGUCACUCCAUUGCCUAUUUGGGGCCAUAUAUGCAUGCUUUUGAGAACAGUUACUGCAGUUGCAGGCAUUUUACUGCUGUUUGCUUUUUCCAGAGUUUGUCCAGAAACAGCACCACAUGGAGUUUUCUCUUGGGAUAAGAUUGUAGAAUGACCUACUGACUCCUGACCAGUCCUUAUCCCAUUACUCCUAGUCAGUCUCAAAGACUGCAUAUCAGUUCUACAGUGCAUGGCUAUAUCAGAUCUGUACCAUAACUUCAAACUGAAAAUUAGUGAUGUUGUCUUGUCGCUUUUGAAAAACAGGUAGUCAUUUAGUGUGAUGCAGUGUACAGUAUUUAUUAAAAAGGCCAAACAUGUCUUCACUUUGUGCCAACAUACUUAAUUGUAGUAACCUUAAGCUUGUGUUGCCGAGUUCGAACUCUGAUUUGUGACGUGUUCGAGAAGUGACUACCAUAUUUUCUUUAUAUGGCAAACAUUUGUUUACAGAUGUGCUUUUAAGGGAUUCUUUCUGAUUAAUUGUGUUUUGUGUUACUGUCAUUCUGUAUGAAGUAAGAGUGUGAAUGUUGCAUAUGUAUUUGUACAUGUAUAUGAAGUGUUUCCUAUGGUCUAUAGCUCUUGAAAAAUAAGCAGAGCUUUAAUAAACUCUUGACUUUUUCACCUUAUUGUUGCCAUGAUAAAUGACUGUCAGACAGUUAAUUAAUUGUUGUAAAGCUGCGGCAUGGCGGUCCGUUUGUGCAUGUAGUGCCCUCUGUCAUCUGUGAUUUAUCGCCUGUGAAGGGGCCUUGUUGGUGGAGGUGGGGGCAGAGGAAAUAUUGCUUCUUGGCCUACGUAAAGUUUCAACAGAUGUGGUU